CUCAAGUGUUUCUUGCCCGAGCCGCUUUGGCAGCUAGCCAGCUCAUUGCCUGCCUGGGGCUCGCUAUCGCGUCUUGCGUUUUUGUCACGCCAUGCAUCGCGUUGGCAGCGCAGUCCUCGGUGCCGUUAGCUUCCAGCUCGCGCACUUGGCCCUGGAGGCGCCACAGAGUCGGGCAGCGUGGGGUUGGAGCAUGGACGUGCCGCCUGGCCUUGGCUUCACGUGCGAGGAGGGCAGCACCAUUGCCGGAGCUGCUGGUUCACCUGACAGCGAUUUUGAUUGCACAGUUGUACCGGACAGCGGCAUGGAAUGUGAUGUCUCGAGCACGAGCAUAGUGUGCUAUAAGACUGCCACGCCAAGCGACACCUUCAUCCCAACAGCGGGGCUGUGCAUCAACAAUGGCCAUCCGCCCAAUAUGGAUGACAACGACUCGGCGAUCACGUGGAGUACAGUGCCAUCAUGCACCGAGGUCGACACAACAGUCGAUGAUGUGACAAGCGACACACCUAUGGCAUCAGCCGUUGGUGCGGCAGUUGCAGUGAGCGUGCUCUGCGUCUAGAUUCUAGAUCAAGACCCCGUGCUUAGCGCCCGCUUUUGAAUUCGUGAUUCAUUCGAAAGUCUCUCCCAUCAUAGCCACUUGCUGUAACGAGUUGGCGCGUAGCUUUGCUGCGUGAGCUGUGAGGGCAGAGCGGCAUGCACCCGCAAAUAGCAGGGG